UUCAACAUUGAAUUUUAUUUUUACAUAAAUAUUUUUGUUUCAUUUAAAUUAACUUAAAAUGUCGCUUGGGCCUUUACAUAUAGUUAAACAAAGAAAUGUGUGUCAAGCUGCAGUGAUUUUCUUACACGGUUCUGGUGACACAGGCCAGGGAGUUUUGGACUGGAUUAAAUUCCUCAUAGGGGAUUUUUCACUACCACAUAUAAAAUUCUACUUUCCUACAGCACCCAGCAGACCUUACACACCUUUAAACGGACAGAUCAGUAAUGUCUGGUUUAAUAGAUACGAUGUCAAUCCAUUUGUUCCCGAGCACGACGAAACCUUAAAUUCCAUUGGAAAAGAAAUGCAAGAGUUCCUAGAGAAGGUUAAAAGAGAUAAUAAUAUUUCUCUAAAUAAAAUCGUUAUCGGUGGAUUCUCAAUGGGUGGUGCUUUAGCACUCCACACCGCUUACAGAUUCUCUCCGGGAUUAGCCGGGGUGUUCACGUUGUCUUCUUUUUUGAACGAAAAUUCCGCCGUUUACCAAGAAGCAAAAGGCCUAAACGCCCCUUUGUACAUGUGCCACGGAGACAGGGACACGAUGGUGCCCAUCCAAUGGGGCCAAACAACGGAGACUAAUUUAAAGAAACUAGGAGCUAAUGUUCAGUUCACUGCCAUUAGAAAUUGCAUGCACGAAUUGAAGAAAAGCGAAGUUGUGCAUCUAUUCGAAUGGAUCCAGAAAGUGUUGCCGGAAAGUGAAGUUGAGAAGAAUUAACAACAACUCUGUAG